UCAAUCGAAUCGCCAUACCUCCAUAUUAACCAAAGCGCUCGCAUGGCUGGCGCGGCGGGUAUGGGCGGCAGCCUUUCCACGCGUGUCGUUCGUCUGACGGUGUCACCGGACGUUACUUGCGCCUCCAACAGGAGUCCCUCGCUGCCUAUAACCAAUUCAAGGCAGUCCAGGUCAAGAGCCGGUACGGACCCUGUUCGCGAUGCGCUAACGCCACGUGGCAGUCUGCACCCGCUAAGGGACGCUCCUCCGCUCUUCGUGCACCCCUCUCGCAGUGAAUCCGGCGCCGUACUUGCCGCACCCGACGGAUCCGGAUUCGCGCGAAGCACCGUGUUCGGGGGUGCUCGUUCGAACACCUCUAUCAGGUGUCGCUGCUGCCAGGGGAGCUAUGGCGGCCAAGGGAGCGACGAGGAGGAGGGGAGUGGCAGCAAGAAGUGCGGAGACGAUGCAGGGAGGGGAAGAGAUUUCCCUGGAACGACACGAGUAGAGAGAGACACAAGCGAAGCGAGCAGCAGCAGCAGCAACAGCAGCGGUGGAGAUGGCGGUGGUGGUGAUGCCGCGCGUGUCGAUGGCGCCAUGGCUGUUAGCAACGGCGCCGAAUGCGCUGGCAUUAGUACCUCCGCGGGACCGAUUUCAAUCGAUGCGCUGGGAAUCGAGGGUAGCAGCCGCGGGAACGUCGGCAGGAAACGCGGAUCUGCUAGGUCAAGAGCGCGAAAGGAGCGGGCGAAUACCACUCAUACCGCCACCGCCACCACCGCCACCACCGCCAGCUCCCUGGAUAGACUAGGAGGCAAGCCGGCAGCGCUUCACGCAGCCCGCCUUGUGCGCUCGCACGGACUCACGGCGCUCUCCGGGGACGCGCUUCUGUCUCCCCCAGCUGAGAACGGGGAACGGGGAGCGGAUGCGCGCGGAGGGGCAGGGGGAACGGGGAAUGGUGGCGCAGGCGCCGUGGGCGUGGGCGCGGGCGCGGGCGCGGGCCCAGCAGGAGGAGAGGGUUCAGGAGCGGAAGCAGUGGGAGAGAGGGAAUGGCGCGCUGCUGUGGGUGAUUGCCUGCAGUGGACGGAGAGCGAUGGGGAGGGGCUUCUCAGCUCUGCACGCAGCAGCAGCAGCAGCAGCGUCGGCGUUGGUGGUAGUGGUAGCAGUGGCAGCAGCAACGAGGGCGUGGAUGAGUCGUUGAAUGAGAGUGUGCGGCGGCUGUCUACCAGGUUCCCUGCGCUCUUGCCUCGCUAUGUGACCCUGCGAACGGCCGUUCAGCCGUGGAGCGACCUGUUUUUCCGCAGGCACAACCGCCGACCCACCCUGUCGGACGUGCAUGGCACGUACGUGCCGUGGCUGGUGGAGCACUUCCACCUCUUCCUGGCUGUCAUGCUGCGCCUGCGCCCGCUCGUCCUGCACGACCCCGCCAAAGCCGCCCAGCUCGCCCAAACACGCGCCACCUUCACCCUCGACUUCUUUGCUCCUCGCCCGGAGAAGCAAACUCCACACGCCAGAUGGAAAGCGAGGAACAGCUCCCGUCUCUCCCCCUCUUCCCCCUCCUCUUCCUCCUCUUCCUCCUCUUCCUCCUCUUCUUCCUCCUCCUCCUCCUCCUCCUCCACGCAGUAUCCCUCUCGUCCCCAGUCCACACCAGUCUCCUUCUACUCCUACUCGUCCUCUGCCUCCUCCUCUGUGUCCCCCGCCUCCCCCGCCUCCCCCGCCUCCCCCGCCUCCUCGUUGUGGCUACGCCCCCCAUCUCCCUCCGCUGCCCACUCCUCUGCUCCCAGGCCCUCCUUUCUUCCGCCCCCCCCGUCGCUCGUCUCGUCCAACGUGGCCUCCUUUGAUGACGUGGACGAGUGGCUGUAUUCCGUGGGGGAGGAAGGCGUUCAAGGGGAGAAGGGUGAGAAAGGACUUUCUCACCAGCAGCAGCAGCAGCCGACAGAGCAACAGCAGCAGCAGCAGCAGCAGCAGGGAAGGGGACAGGAGCAGGGGCAAGGCGAGGUGAGAGCAAACCACUUGGUUGCGCAGUGGAAGCAGCAGGCGUGGAGGCGAGGGCUCAGUGAGCGAGGGAAGGGCAGAGGCGGGGAUGUCGGAGGCAGGGAAGGGAGUGAUGGGACGGCGAAACAGGGGGAAGUGGCAGGAGAAAGAGGAGGAGAGGGGGGAAGGGUGGUGCCACAGGGGAGGGAGUUGUGGGAGUGGAAGGUUCACACGGACCUGAUUGGCGGAGGGAAGGGUGUUGGCGUGUGGAGGGUAGCGAAGGGAGAGCUGGAAGAAGGACGGUUGGGAGGGCUGGUGACCGGAAGAAUAGAAGAUGCAGCAGCCAAUUCUCCUGCCGCUGAAGAUUCAUGCGUGGAGGAGCCUGGAGCAGGUGUGGUCGUGCAGGGCAGUAAUUGUGCUCCGGAGGACAUUGAAGACAAGGGAGAGGCGGAGGACAAAAUUCUUGCUGCUGGAAAAAAAUUCGAGUUGGAAGAGGAAGGAAGCAGCAUGGAUCUUCCUGCUCGGGCAAGCAGCAGGGGUUUGAAGCAGGAGACAGGGGACGAAGGGGGCUGUGUUGCGUGAAGAGGGAUCGAUGAAGGGGUGCUGUGGGUGGAGGGGGGGACACGGCAGAAAGGGAGGAUGGUGGCAGUGAUAAAGGUGGAAGUGGUUUGAGGAGUGAGAAGGAAGACAUGUUUUGGGUGGAUCUGUGGAAAGGGGUGCCUUGGAGAUAGACGAGGACCCCACGUAGUACGUAGUAUGGUACUUGUAUGUACUCUGCAAUUUUUGUAUAUUAUACUGUUUGUUAUGAAUGAACAAGCAGAGUAGCG